UUGCUUUUCUUCCUCCUUCAUUUUUCUUCCAAAAUUGCUGCUGGUGGGUGAAAAAAAUGCCGCAGCUGAACGGCGGUGGAGGAGAUGACCUAGGCGCCAACGACGAACUGAUUUCCUUCAAAGACGAGGGUGAGCAGGAGGAGAAGAGCUCCGAAAACUCCUCGGCAGAGAGGGAUUUAGCUGAUGUCAAAUCGUCUCUAGUCAAUGAAUCAGAAACGAAUCAAAACAGCUCCUCCGAUUCCGAGGCGGAAAGACGGCCUCCGCCUCGCUCCGAAAGUUUCCGAGAUAAAUCCCGGGAAAGUUUGGAAGAAG